UUGGCAGAGAGGGAUGGAGGCCAGUGGAGGGAUUGGCAGAGAGAGGUGGAAGCCAGUGGAGGGAUUGGCAGAGUGGAGUGGAGGACACUGAAUGGAGACCAGUGGAAGGAUUGGCAGAGAGGGAUGGAAGCCAGUGGAGGGAUUGGCAGAGAGGGGUGGAGGACACUGAAUGGAGACCAGUGGAGGGAUUGGCAGAGAGGGGUGGAGAACACAAUGUACACCAGUGGAGGGAUUGGCAGAGAGGGGUGGAGGACACUGAAUGGAGGCCAGUGGACAGAUUGGCAGAGAGGGGUGGAGGACACUGAAUGGAGGCCAGUAGAGGGAUUGGCAGAGAGGGAUGGAGGACACUGAAUGGAGGCCAGUGGAGGGAUUGGCAGGGAGGGGUGGAGAACACUGAAGGGAGGCCAGUGGAGGGAUUGGCAGAGAGGGGUGGAGGCCAGUGGAGGGAUUGGCAGAGAGGGGUGGAGGACACUCAGUGGAGGCCAGUGGAGGGAUUGGCAGAGAGGGGUGGCAGAUACAGAACGGUUAGUAAGGUGGAUGAACUGAAGAGGGGAUAGCCUGCGAUGAGGUCGGCCAAUGAGGAGGGAGUUACAAUAGUCAAGGCGAGAGAUAACCAGGGAGGGAAUAAGUUGCUUGGUGGUUUCCGAGGUUAGG